AUGGCGUCAUCACCGUGCGACCUCUUUCCCGGAGCCAGUCGUCCACGGUUUUGAGUUGGUGGAAAUGGCAGGUGAAGAAAUGAACGAGGACUAUCCCGUGGAGAUCCAUGAGUCCUUGUCGGCCCUGGAGAGCUCCCUGGGUGCUGUGGAUGACAUGCUGAAGACCAUGAUGUCCGUUUCUAGGAACGAGUUGUUGCAGAAGUUGGACCCACUUGAGCAAGCCAAGGUGGACUUAGUUUCUGCAUACACAUUAAAUUCAAUGUUUUGGGUUUAUUUGGCAACUCAAGGAGUUAAUCCUAAGGAGCAUCCAGUGAAGCAAGAAUUGGAAAGAAUCAGAGUCUACAUGAACAGAGUCAAGGAAAUAACAGACAAGAAAAAGGCUGCCAAGCUGGACAGGGGUGCUGCCUCAAGAUUUGUCAAAAACGCACUCUGGGAACCGAAACAGAAAAAUACACCAAACGUUGCUAAUAAAGGGAAGAGUAAACAUUGACUUUCUGGUUUUGAUGUACAUAUUUUCAAAAAGUACAUCAUUUUUAUCAGCUUACGAAAUAGGUAGUUAUGUGGCAAUGUGAGGUUUAAAUGGAUUCCUUUUUGAAUUCAUAUGUAAAUUUACACAUUAAAUUUGUGAUACUGAAUUUUUUUUUUGCUGAGAAAGAUUAAGUUGUCUUUAGUGAUUUUCAUAUGAAGUAUCAUGAUGUUUUUAAUAUUGUAAGAUAUUCUAUAAGCAAUUGUGAAAUCCAAAUGUUCUUUGUAAACAUUUGUGGUGUUUUAAAUGAAUAAUGGAUAUUAUGAAGUGUGCUGUCUGUAGACUGGAGAUCUAAGGACAUCUGUUUUCACUAAUGGUGAUAAAUACAAUGACUUAAAUACCCACGCUGUUUUCCGUGUAGUUAGUUCAACAUGUUUCUGUGUUUUGUUUUGUUUUUUUUUUUGCAGUAAUUGCUUUCUUGAUAUUCAAAGUACAAAAUUGAAACCUUAAGGCUGUACUUUAACUCUUCAUGUUCCAUUUAAAAUAAAAUAUUCUCAUUACCAAUGAUGGAAAAUAAGAUUGUGUGUCCUGGCUGGCUUUGGCUUGGCUUGAUUCCCUCCUAACAAAGGUUGUUGCUAUGUAGCUCCCUCGCUUCUUGCUAUGCACAGAGAAAGGGAGCAUGGAAGGUAGGCGUGAGAAGCUGGAUCCAGUAGGCUGCAUUUGUGAGUCAUGUUUUAGUUUUCGUUUAGACGUUUUCUGACUAUAUGUUUCCUAGGCCACAUUUACUUAGGAAUUUUUUGAACCAAAUUUCUUUAUUAAAUACUGCCCCUUCGGCACAGGAGGAAUCACCUUGUAUUUACAUUCUGAUUUAUUUUUCCAGAAUAUUUGUGAGAGAGUUCUGCUUCUUAAGCUGUUUUAGUGACUGAGUCCCUAUAGCCUUGCUGCUCUCCCCCCACAUCAUCAUGUGUAGGGAUGCCAAGUAUAGCUAAGUUCUUUAAGUUUUGAGAAUAAGAGUUGUUGAAAUUGUCUGUGAUUAAUUUUCCACAACUAACUUUGAAUAUAUAAAUCUCUUGAUUCAUAGUAUCAUAUUAUAAUGGGCUUCGGAAGGCAUGUUAAAAUCUGUGAUAUGUGGAGAGUAAUUCCCAUAUGGAUGGAGAAAGCCUCUUAGCUCUGGUACCAGAUACUUUGCAAUCACGAUUAGGAACAUUUGUAGUUAUCUUACUCUCUGCCAUUUAAUUCUGUCAAAUUUCUAGCUAGUUUUCAAGUCACUUCAUUAAAGAAAUAAAUGCUUUGUUAAGAUAAUUAUAGAAUACAUUCUUAAU